AUGAGUUCGAAAACGAUGGAAAACAGAAAACAGGAAGCAUCGAGCGACGAUCAACAGCACGAAACCAGAAAACUUUGCGACCCUGUGAACGGGUUUGUGCCGAGUUCCAAUCAGCAACAGCAGCAGCAGCAGUGCGUAGACUCCACCUUUUCAUUGUUGAAACCUUCCGAAAAUGUCGGUUCUACCAAUGGCAGCGUGGAUUCUGUAGCGUGCAGCAAACACAGCAAAUCAAUUGUCGUGAAUUAUGCAUCGGGUGCAAUGACCCAAACCACAAUACAACAUCAGUGCAUUGGUAAUACCUCACCACACGUACAAAUCAGCCGCGAAAGCUCCCUUCAAUGCUGGAUUCGGCGAACCUCGGUCAUCGUUACAAGUUUCGUGCUUGGAGUGAUAAUCGGAUACACAAUCACGGUUCUGCUACGACAUUCCAAGAGUUGCAUAGAAGGACAGGACAGCCAGUAUCAUCCUAGGACCAGCCUUAAACGAGAAGUGUGUUUGUCUGAAGAGUGUGUGCGAACAGCUUCAUCCCUGCUGGCCGCGAUGGAUCAAUCCGUUGAUCCGUGUGAGGAUUUUUUCCAGUUUGCCUGUGGAACGUGGAAUAAGAAGCAUGUGAUACCGGAGGAUAGGAGUUCGAUCAGCACGUUUGAGGUCCUUGCUGAUCAACAGCAGAUGAUAUUGAAAGGAGUCCUGGAAGAGUCCAUAGAAGUUAGCGACAGCCAGGCAACCAUCAAAGCGAAAAUGUUCUACAAGAGUUGCAUGGAUUUGCAACAAAUACGGAAAGUUGGUAUCAAACCUCUACGUAAUGUGUUGAAAUCAAUGGGCGGCUGGCCGGUUAUAGAACAAACCUGGACCGCACCAAACACCAGUGUGGAAUAUUUGCUGGGAUUACUGCGAGGGGUUUACAGUGAACCGGUUCUAGUUGAGCUGUACGUCGGUGCUGAUGACAAAAAUUCGUCGAAGAAUAUUUUGCAGAUCGAUCAGCUCGUGCUGGCGCUUCCGUCGCGUGAUUACUAUCUGAAGGCGAGCAGCGAGGGCGAUAUCAAGGCCUAUCAUCGCUACAUGACGCAGAUUGCCGUUCUCCUAGGUGGCGAUGCUGUCAAAGCAUCCCGAGAGCUGUUGGACGUCGUGAACUUUGAAGUACGCUUAGCGAAUGCCUCAUUACCGGAAGCGGACAGGCAUGACACCAGUGCGAUAUACACCAAAAUCACUCUCCAGCAACUGCAACGCCAGGUUCCGCAGAUUGACUGGAGGGAGUACUUGCAAACGACCUUAGGCGAUGUAAAACUAGAGGAAAACGAGGAAAUCGUAAGUUAUGCGAUGCCGUAUUUAGUGGAGAUGGGUAAAAUACUCAACGAAACGAAUACGCGCAUCAUUCACAACUACGCGAUUUGGCGAUUUGUUAUGUCCAUCAUGACCCACAUGAUCGAUGACUACCAGAAGGAGCGGAUUGAGUUCAAAAAAAUACUGCUCGGCAUCCAGUCGGAACGGCACCGGUGGUCGCAGUGUGUCGAAUGGACAAACAAAAAGCUGGGCAUGGCAGUUGGGGCCUUGUUUAUACGGGAAAAUUUCAACCACGAAAGCAAGGAAACGGCACUGGAAAUGAUAAGGACUAUCAGAGAGGCCUUCAAUGAGCUGUUAGCGGAUAACCACUGGAUGGAUGACGAAACGCGAGCCGUUGCGAAAGAGAAAGCCGAUGCGAUGAAUGAAAGGAUUGGUUAUCCGGAGAUCCUGACGAAUGCGGUGGAAUUAGAUAGGGAAUAUGUUAAUCUAACAAUCACAAAAGACUUUAUAAAAAACAUUCUGAGUAUUCUAAGGUGGGAAGCUGAACGUAACGUUCAGCUGUUAAGGAAACCUGUUGAUAAGGACAAAUGGACCACGGAACCGGCUGUAGUGAAUGCGUUUUAUAAUCCUAACAAGAACGAUAUAGUAUUUCCAGCCGGAAUACUGCAGCCCUUGUUCUACAGUCAGCACUUUCCCAAAUCGCUAAACUACGGCGGCAUCGGUGUGGUGAUAGGACACGAAAUAACGCACGGUUUCGACGACAAAGGACGUCAGUUCGACAAGGACGGCAACAUGAUGCAGUGGUGGAACAACGUCACGAUCAAGGCAUUCCGCGAACGGACGCAGUGCAUCAUCGAUCAAUACUCUCGCUACAAGAUCAAUGAAGUUAAUCUCUACAUGAACGGCAGGAUGACACAAGGGGAAAACAUUGCAGACAACGGAGGGCUGAAGCAAUCUUUUCGGGCUUACCGCAAAUGGGUGAACUUGCAUGGCGCAGAACUAGAACUUCCCGGUAUGAAUAUGACGCACGAUCAGCUGUUCUUUCUGAAUUAUGCACAAAUUUGGUGUGGUUCUAUGCGACCCGAGGACGCAUUGACGAAAAUUCGAUCGUCCGUGCACUCACCGGGUAUCGUUCGAGUCCUGGGGCCCCUGUCCAACUCUCACGACUUUGCAGAAGCAUAUAACUGCUCCCCAGGAUCUCCAAUGAACCCUGUAAAUAAAUGUAGUGUAUGGUAA